UUGAGCAGGAUUGGGGAAAAGGUAACCAGCGUCGAGGAUGCGGUUUUAAAUUCUAUAAAUGAGGGCGCCAACGGGCUUGGCAAUGCCGCAAAACAAGUGUUGGACUCGUUUUCCAAAGGGUUCAACUUUUUUAAUGAUAGUACCGCGCAGAUACUGAAGAAAUCGAAAGAAAUCAGAGAUACGGGGGUGAAUCUGGUUGCGGAUGUGGAGAAGGGGCUCGAAGUUCCGCUGAGAAUCGUGGCGGACUCCGCCUCCGGGAACAUGGACUUAUUUCUUAAUGCGAGGGAGGCGCUUGAAAAGAAGGAGCACAUCAACAAGCUCAUGAGCGAGCACCUCAAGAAGCACAUCGUGGAGCUGCCCGAGAGUAAGCAGGGCCUCCUCAACGACAAAUACCUAAAGCUGUACCGAGACCGCUGCCGCGCCGGCGACUGCCUGACUCUAGACAACGUAACAGUGGUCAACAUGACUAACCGAGUCCUUCUGAAGCUUCCGAGGCUCGCACAGGUCGACUACGCGUUCGCCCUGUUCAAUCAAUCGGGAGCGCAGUUGGAAAGCGGACUGCUGUCUGCUGUGCUCAGAAGAACUAACUACAACUCACUGGACAACUUCGUGCAAAUAUUGGCCCAUCACAACCAGCAGAAGGUGGAGUUUCUCAACAAGAACGACCAGGCGCUUAACCUGUUUUACUACAGGGCUGCGCUGUUUUUCAAAAAAUUUUUGAACGACUCGAAAGUCAAGGAUAGAGUGGAGCAGAGCAAGACGCUUACUGCGGCGCUCGGAUACUUCGUCAAGUCCGACCUCAUGGAGAUCGCGCAGGUGGCCACGCUCAACGCCAACCUGUCCUUGGAGGAGGUCGACAUGCUCGCGGUAAACCGCAACUUUAAGGAAUACCUGUUGAACGACUCCGAGGAGUUCGCCUCGCUCUCCGAGGCCUACGCGUCGCUCUGUAAGCAGUGUCUCGAGGGCUCCUUCGACGACAACGAGGCCGGCAUGUACAUGAGGGAGGCUCUGAACGAGGGCAAGGUGAGCACUGAGGGCCUGUGCGACGACAAAAAGUGCAACGCCAUGCUCGACAAGUACCUGGAGCGCUGCAAGAGGGGCGACUGCUACACCUUCGACAACCACCUGCUCACUGGCAACGUCAGGAUCAAGAUCCUUAUGCCGCACAUUCCGCAGGCGAAGCUCGCGAUGCGCGCCUUCAAGAACUCUAAGGCGCACCGCGGCAAGCACCUCGUGGGCUUCCUGAAGAUGAUCUUCAGGAUGGACUCUGAGAAGACGCUGACCCACUUCGUAAAGACGCUGACCAAGCACAACGUGCAGCUGAACUACUACAACAACGAGGGCGAGAAGGUGCUGAACCAGUUCCUCUACCAGGCCACGCUCUUCUUCGUGCGCUUCCUCACAGUCUCGAAGCUCGUCAGGUUCUACUCCUGGUGCAACGCGACGCUCUGGAUGUUCAAGCUCGGCAGGUACCGCUACCUGAGGAACCUCGCGAAGUCCAUCACCUUCGGCAACAAGGUGACGCUCGCAGGCGACAACGUGCCCCUGCUCAUGAACGACUUCGAGGACUACCUCGUGAGCUCGAACCUGGCCCGGCACGCCACGAUCUCCAGGUACUACUCGAAGAUGUGCAAGGACGUGAUAAUGCACUACAUCAACGCCGACCGCAUGAGCACUGAGCUGUUCGACGCGGGCGUCGACGUGCGCGCCGAGGACAUCUGCGGCAAGGACGAGCAGCUCGAGUGCCCUCCUUACGUCGAGAAGUACCUGGAGCGCUGCAAGAAGGGCGACUGCUACACCUUCGACAGCAAGGACUACUUCACCCACGAUCGCAUGUACAAGCUGACGCUGCCCAUCCUCCACCAGGUUGAGGCUGCCAUCUACGUGUUCAAGAAGAGCAAGGCUUACACGAACCUCAACGACCGGAUCGUCCGCGUCGGCAAAUCUAGGAAGAACGUCGACUCUUACGUCCAGUUCUACAGGAACCUCAUUACUCACAACAACAAGUCCAUUGAGGCCAAGACCUUCGAGAACGAGGUCCUUAACAAGUACCUCUACAACUCCGCCGUCUACUUCAAGUUCGUCGACGACAACAAGGUGCUCGACAACAUCGACGUCAGUCACCUGCAGGAGUACAAGGACACUGAGUACAAGAUCGAGUCGUUUUUGAAGCGAAUGCUCAAGUCGCUGGUCGGCGUCGAGCGCGUUCGCUUCCUCCCCCUCGACAUCAAGGACCUGUUUUCCGUGUACAGGAAGUUCUUCAUUACCACCCAGGUGGUCAAGAACGAGCGGGGCGUCAAGGUGUUUUUGGCCAGCUGUGAGAAGCUGCUCAGGCACUUCAAGCAGAUGCAGAACAACGACGAAAUGUUCAGAGACUACGUGAAAAACUUCGACAAUGAGUAG